ACGUUGACCGACAGUUGCGGUGCGUUUCGUUUGCGAUAUUUGUAUUUCAUUUCGUGUUUCAUAAUUUUUUUUUCAUCGAAAACAUUAAAUAUUUAAAAAAUUUUUAUGUCCUUUUUCGCGACCCGCGCCUGUAAAUGUUCCGUUCGUGCCCCGAAGGUUCGCUGUUCGUUUAAAUAACCGGGAAUUAAAUUUGUGCGUGUGCGCUGGUGCGUCUAUAGCAAAAACAAUGAUUAGAAAAUCCACAUUUUUUUCAACAUGUGCAAGCCAUAUUUAAAUGUUUUCCGAUAAGCGUCUUUCUUUCAUCGUACACUGUCAGGCAUAGACAAAAUGGCGGAUGUGCUUUCCAAUACCGAUUCGUAUCGAUGCGACAAAACGAAUUGUUUUGUGUCUCGAAAAUGAUCGUGUGGACAGGUUUGCGAUUUACAAUGCAGUGGUUCGUGGUUCUUGUGUUGCUGCUUGCGUACCGGUUGGGACCUGCCAAUUCAUUCAGUUAUCAUGAAUGCAAUAAUUCACUGGGAAUGGAGUCUGGCAAAAUACUAGAUGCAGACAUAGCUUCUAGUUCUUCUUACGACUAUGGAACUGGACCGCAAAGAGGCCGACUGAAAUAUGAAGGCAGCGGUGGCGCUUGGUGUCCGAAGGGUAUGAUAUCGAACGAUGGCCGACAGUAUUUGGAGGUGAACCUGCAAGGAUUGCACGCGGUCACAGGCAUCAAAAGUCAAGGUCGAUACGGUAAUGGAUCCGGCAAAGAAUUCGUCGAGGAAAUUAUGAUAGACUAUUGGAGGCCUGGUUCUAACAAGUGGACGCGGUGGAAAGGCAGAGACGGUAAACAGGUGUUGCAAGCAAACAGGGACACGAAUACAAUAGUAGACAGGUCUUUGGUGCCAGCAAUCAUAGCAUCGAAAAUUCGUUUAGUGCCUUACAGCGGACAGCCACGUAUGGUUUGCCUUCGAGCUGAGAUUAUCGGUUGUUAUCAUUACGAAGGUGUAAUCAGCUAUUCGGUAAUACAGGGUGAUGUAAAAGACACGGGUUACGACGGUCGCGAGGAAGGCGGUAUAUUGGUCGGCGGUAUAGGACAGCUCUGCGACGGUCGAUACGGAAUUGAUGAACCGUUCGUGAAAAAAUUAUUUUUUCUCCGCCACUUAACAAAGUCGUUUUCCACAGAGUACAACGAAUGGGUAGGAUGGAAAAACGAUACUAUGGGCUAUGGGUCAUCAGUAGAAAUGACUUUCGAGUUUGACGUCGUCCGGAACUUCACCGCUCUGUACAUGCAUUCCAAUAAUGACUUUCGUCAAGGUGUACAAGUUUUUUCACAUGCCAAAGCCUAUUUUAGCGUGGGAGGCGAACACUUUUUUCCGGAACCCGUGUCGUACACGUAUCCGGCAGACACCAUCAUGCCCGAGGCCAGAAACGUCACGGUCAAACUUCACCACCGGACCGGCAGAUUUCUCAAGCUGCAGCUGUUUUUUGCCAACAAAUGGAUGAUGAUCAGCGAGAUAUCGUUCGAAUCAGUUGUAAUGCCCGGAAUUUGGCCUCCCGAAGAAGCGGAGGAGCCGAUUUUCUUUCCAAAUGACAAUAGCGUCAAGUCAAACAACGGAGGUAACGAAUUACAAAGAGACGAAGUUAAAUCGGCCGACCAUAAAGAAGAGAGAAACACACCUGUUGGAGGUUUGCCUCAACACACGAAAAACCGAGACGACGGUAUGGCUGGCAGUGGCGGCAGUGGCGGCCGCCGUCUGAUAAGUUUACUAGUUGGCGCGCUAUCGGCGGCCACCAUACUGGCCGGCGCGUCAGUGGCAUUCGUCAUGGUUCGCCGACGUCGGCUGAUCCAGCAAGUGUCGCGCCAGAGUCGGAGCUCGUCGUUCCAAGACUGCACGGACGACAAACCACAUCUGCCACCGGCAAUACACCUGACGGAACUACCGGUACGAGUGAACGCCAAUGGACACGUAUACGGUCAAGUAGACUUGGACGACGACUCGGACAAGAGCAAUAGCAAUUACCAAAGACCAUACGGCAUAGCACGCCGACCAUCGGUACUUUUAAGUCCUGAUUACACGGAUGUUCGAGACAUCGUCGCCCAGGAAGAAUACGCCAUACCACACGUUCGACGGUCGGCGUCCAAAACGUUGACGCUGCACAAAAGUCAGAUGUCCGUACAUGACGACACGUUGUCGCGCCAUCACCAGACGUUGGAAAAGUAUUACGCCGCUUCGGAUAUUUGCCAAGUGAACGUCCCCCCGCCACCUCGUUCACCACCACCCACUUCAUCCAGAUCGAGCAGCAGCCGAGGAGGAGGUGCCAGUAACGCGUCCACUUGUCCACUGACCAGGUCCGACGACACGCUUUGUCAGUUACCGCCAGAAAUUCCCCGGGAAUACCUGGGCGUCGUCCAAACACUGACCAAAACGCAUUUUGGAGAGGUCCAUUUAUGCGAGUUAAAAACGCCACCUGACGAAAUUCUACAGCCAGCAGCAACGUCGUCAGUCAAUAGGACGUGCAAGUUGGUCACCGUUAAGUCACUGAGAAAAGGCGUGUCCGAAUCGACCAAGCACGAUUUUUACGACGAAGUAGAAUCGCUGUGGAAAAUCAGAGAUCCAAAUAUCACUAGAGUACUGGGAUGUUGUCUUACUGAGGAACCAUUCUGCUUAAUAACCGAAUUUAUGCAACACGGUGAUCUGAAUCAAUUUCUUCAGGAACACAUCGCCCUGACAGCUGCGCCCAUACCGCCAUACGCGAAAACCUUAAGCUAUGGAUGUCUAAUUCACAUGGCUACCCAAAUAGCUUCGGGGAUGAAAUAUUUAGAGGUCAUAAAUUUUGUCCAUCGUGAUUUGGCUGCGAGAAACUGUUUGGUCGGCCCCAAUUACACGGUCAAAGUAUCCAAUAUGAGUCUGAGCAAAAGCGUUUAUUCAGCGGACUAUUUUGACUUUGAAGGGAGACCUUCGCUGCCGAUCCGCUGGAUGUCGUGGGAGAGCAUACUGUUGAACAAAUACACGCCGAGAAGUGACGUUUGGUCGUUUGCCGUCACGUUGUGGGAAAUAUUGACGUUCGCCCGUGAACAACCGUACGAAGAGCUUAGCGACCAACAUAUCAUCGACAAUGUCACCAGGCUGUAUCAGAACGAUGGGAAUUUUAUCCUAUUGCCUCAGCCCAUCAAUUGCCCGAAAGACAUUUACGAUCUCAUGUGCGAGUGUUGGCAGAGAGACGAUAAAAGUCGUCCGAAUUUCCGGGAAAUACAAUUAUUCUUGCAGCGGAAAAAUUUAGGAUAUAAGCCCGAAUGUGACCCUUAAUGUAAUUUAAGCCUAUAUAAUCAUAACAAUGUGUUUGUUUAAAGCUUUACUAUAUACCUACUAUACAUAUUUUAUAUACAUGUACCUAUAUAAUAUAUUUUGAAUUCCGGGCUCGUAUUUCGUUACCUAACCUAUGUAUUUUUUUACGCGUAUAUUAUAAAUUAUUAUUGUACAUGUAAUAUUUUGUUAUAAAGUGUAAAUAUCAUUUUUACCGAGUUUUUGAAUAACCUAAGUAUUACGUUUAAUUUUUAGCAUUAUCAUACGAAAUAUCGCUUCCAGGCAUAUUGACUAGGCAUUAUAGUGAGAUUACGAACGGUGAUCGACACACGCAUUGUAUUUUUUGUGUACAGCCGGCGAUCACCGUAAAAAUAUUAUGAUUAACGUGUGUAUAACAUAUCUAGUGGUAAAAAAUAAAAUACAUUUUUCAUAGGUGUUAAGUAGAAUCGACCGAUCGUAUAGUUGUCGUCAUAGGUAUAUUAUAUUAUUAUAAUAUAGUGUACAGUAAUUUAUAGCGAACCAAUUAUAAUACACAAUAGUAUCCGUACAUAACAUGUAAUAACAUACAAGAACAUGUAGUUAUUCGUCACUAAAUUUAUUAGUGUUUUGUAAAGUUUACAGCGUUGUGUACAUAAUUAUGUCAUAACGCAUUAAAAUCAAAAUACAGAUUGACGUCCUCCGUUCAUACGAUUUAUCGAUAAACUUCGUUAUUACAACAUAUACCCGAGUAACCCGUUAAAUUAUACCGAUAUACUAUUCUUUGUAGUUUUCAGAUUAAUCGUGAUUAGAAUUAAGACUAUUAUUCUUAAAUUGGCGUAAAAAAAUU